GGCGUCUUCCUGUACGCCGAGACUGACGGCGGCUCGGCGCCUUGCGCAUGCGCCUUGGCCUUGUUGUCGGACUUGUUGUUAUGAGCGGCCAAGGCCUCGGACUAAAUUAGGAAAGAAACCCUUCCCCUCCCCAACACUGCCUGGGACGUCCACCAUGGAGGGCAUGGAUGUGGACUUGGAUCCGGAGUUUAUGCAGAAAUUCAGCUGCAUGGGGACCACCGACAAGGACGUCCUUAUCUCCGAGUUCCAAAGGCUGCUGGGUUUCCAGCUGAACCCGGCCGGUUGCGCCUUCUUCCUGGACAUGACUAACUGGAAUCUGCAAGCUGCCAUAGGAGCAUACUAUGACUUUGAGAGCCCUAACAUCAAUGCACCAUCAAUGUCAUUUGUGGAGGAUGUAACAAUAGGCGAAGGAGAGUCUGUGCCACCUGAUACACAAUUCACAAAAACCUGGAGGAUACAAAACACAGGUGCAGAAUCAUGGCCUCCAGGUGUUUGUCUUAAGUAUGUGGGAGGCGAUCAGUUUGGCCAUGUGAACAUGGUGAUGGUUAGAUCACUUGACCCGCAGGAAAUUGCUGAUGUCAGCGUACAGAUGCACAGCCCAACAGCACCUGGCAUGUACCAGGGACAGUGGAGAAUGUGCACAGCCACUGGGCUCUUUUUUGGUGAUGUCAUCUGGGUAAUCUUGAGCGUUGAAGUUGGAGGACUUCUGGGAGUAACACAACAAUUAUCCUCUUUUGAGACGGAAUUUAGUACGCAGCCACAUCGCAAAGUAGAGGGCAACUUCAACCCUUUCGCUUCUCCUCAGAAGAACAAGCAUGAUGGAGAUAACAACAGUCUCAAAGAUCCUGGAGGCCCGUGGGUGUCAUCAUCAGAUCAGAUCCAGCAGGAUCAAAAUGGACUGUCUCACAGCUCUGUAAAUAUAACACCAAACAGUCUCCAAAACAACCUAUCAGUAGUGACUUACAGUCAGGGUAUUCAUGGCCCCUAUCCUUUUGGACAGUCUUAAAACACGGGUAAUUCUCUAAAAAAUAAAUAAACAAAUAAAACUGAGGGGGGAGGGCAGACAUGAAGACAAAGCCUGCCAAGUGAGGUGGAACUGGACUAUCUAAGGGGGGGCUUGUUAUAGUUGAAACUGAUGCUUGGAAGACCUGCCCCUUCCUUCUCUUUCCACUUCCUGUGGCAAUCAGCAGUGAUAAGAAAUAGAGGAAGAAGAAGAAAAACAACAAAGAAAAAAUUCUAAAAAUGGCAAUUUGUUGUUUUUUUUCUCCCUUUCUCUCUUUUUCAUUCCCCAUUUUGAUUCUGGUAACUACAGCAAAUCCCAUGUAUGCAUGUGUGAAUGCUAAAUUAAAGGAGUGCUAUGAUUUGUUUAAAAGAAGAAACUGAAUUCACAAAGCUGUUGUGUGUAUUGUUUGUUUUGGGGUCCUUUUUUUAUGAAAUGUUCCUGUCACAGUUGAGAUUGAAUGAGUGAGUGAAACAGAGUGAAUGCUAAACAAAGAAAAGCCAUUUACAAAAUUAUUUUGCCUAAUGAGAGACUGUAGAUUUUGAGUAGAUGUUGCUGUCUUGUUUUGUAUUUUCUAUAUACUUGUUUCUUGGACAGUGUAUAUGUUUUUAGCCACAUCCUUUAUAUCCCUCCCUGUAAUUUUAAAGCCAAAAUUGUUAAAUUACAGAUAUUUUAUUUUUCCAAUAAAGUAUCCUUUCCACAAUUAUCAAGCUGCUCAUUAAUCAUGCGUGGACUUUGCAUCGCAUGAUCAGUGCUGCGUUGUAUUUUUGAUGCCUUCUGAGAUGUAGUAUUAAGAGGAUGCAGUUGGGCAGAAAUAAUGCAUAUUGUUCAUUACAGUACAGCCGUUUAGUGUUAAUUUUCAAUAAGGGUUAAUACUGAGCUCCAAGACACUAAUCAUGAAGGGGCAAUUCAUCGUUAUGUCAUCCUGAUAUGCAGUGAAUUAUGAAGAUCACUGACAGUCCCUCAAAGAUAUGCUUAAAAGCAUAGAGAAAUUGCAUAGACCAACAGAUCUACUACAAAAGUGUGUAUUCCCAUUUUAUGUGAGUGUAUGUGAUAAUAUUUUGAUUCUGCUUCUGUGUUGGGUCAAAUACAUAGUCCUUUCACAGUUUUGGAAGACAACUUUAAUGCCUCAUUCAGUGCAUGUUUUGGGAAAUUUGGCACUGCAUUUAAGUAUAAAAAAAAAAAAAAAAAAGAUGACCAGUGUCACGGUGUCCCAAAAUAACUCACAGGUUUGCACCAUAUCUGUCCUAAUAACUUUUUUUUUGUUAUUGCUUUUAUUCACUGUCACCCUCUUCGGAAGAUAUGCUUGAAAUUUCUUUGUGCCUCAUUUUACCAGAUAAUCUGUUUGCCUCUGCUACCAGAGGGGCAAGUCAAGAGGUCCAUUUCAUUCUUUGGCAAUGAUAACUUGAUUUGCUACAGCUCAUUCAGGCUGUUGUGUCAUUCCAUUUAAAAGCCAGAGCCAAGAUGCAAGCCACUUCCUGACUUGUAUCAUUUGGGAAGCUAUUCUAAUUUUUAAUAGAAUAUUGAAUGUGCCUUGUUAGUAAGCUUAGAAUCUUUAGGUUUUUGGUACAGACAUGCACUGAUUAUCUCACUAAAGGAUUUGUGAAGCUGUGAAUUGCUGUUCACCUGCACUGCAUUUUUGCUGACAAUCUUUCUCUUGAUACAUCAGUUGUUUUCUCACAGCACAGGAAAGUUCAGGAUAUUUCUUCCCGAUUUGUUUUAGGAAGGCUUUUUUGUAUAUAUUUUCCUAGUUUCUUUAAGCUUUGAAAUAAUUUAACUAAUUUUCCAUCACUGCCAGUCUCUUUGCUUUCUUUUUCCAUCAAUGAAGUGAAGCAUUCUUAACUUUAGUCCAUCUGUAUUAUCUGGGAACACUGUCACUGCCAUUUGGGGGAGUGGGGUGAGAGGUUUUUUUUUUUUCUUUUUUAAAUAAAGUUUAUUUUGUUUCUGCCUCAUAGUAGCCAUGUGUUAAGGUGGCUGUAUCAAAUAAAAACUGACACUGACUAUGUAGCCUUUGGGACAUUCAUAUGUUAUCAGUACUAAAAAUGCCUUAGCCUAAGUUGUCUUUUCACCUUCUUUACAGAUGUUCAUGAGAUGCUCUUUUCUCUAGCAUGUAGGAGCAAGUCAUAAUUUAAUAUGGUUUGUUAUUCUGAGGUGGCCAAGAGCUAGAGAACAUUGACGCUUCACACAUGUGGCACAAUACAGUGGUGUGAAAAACUAUUUGCCCCCUUCCUGAUUUCUUAUUCUUUUGCAUGUUUGUCACACAAAAUGUUUCUGAUCAUCAAACACAUUUAACCAUUAGUCAAAUAUAACACAAGUAAACACAAAAUGCAGUUUUUAAAUAAU